AGUACCUUACUGGUAGAGAGAGAGAGAGAGAGAGAGAGAGAGGAAUGCAAAUAUUAGAAGGGUAAGGCUUAAUAAAACCCAUCUCACAUUACCCUUUUCCUCUCAUUGACCUAAAAGAAAAGGCUGUCCAAAAACACAACACAUAUUUUUCUGCAGAAUGCUUGCUGCAUAAUUUUGAAAUAACCCUUUCUUGAUUUUUUUCAAAUGAUUCGUUUAAAUUUGCUCUUUCCAAAUCUUCUUCUUGUAUUAAUAUUCUUCCCUGUUAAAGCACAGUUUAAUCGGGUUGAAGGGAUAGCAGAUGAUCCUUCUUCAAAUUUUCAACCAAGCCUUGCUAUUGUUAUAGGAAUUCUUUGCAUAAUGUUCUCAGUGACAUUUAUUCUCCUUGUCUAUGUAAAAUUCUGUCAUAGGGGUGUUUCUUUUCCAAGCCUUACACAAAAUAAUCCUAUGUUAGUUAGAUCAGGAUCAAGAUACUCAGGAGUUGAUAAAACAGUUAUAGAGUCACUUCCUUUUUUUAGAUUCUCUUCAUUAAAAGGAUCUAAAGGAGGACUUGAAUGUGCUGUCUGCUUAUCGAAAUUUGAAGAUGUAGAAGUUCUUAGGUUACUACCUAAAUGUAAACAUGCUUUUCAUAUUAACUGUGUUGAUCAAUGGCUUGAAAAACAUUCAAGUUGCCCUCUUUGCAGAUGCAAGAUCAGUGCAGAAGACCCAACUCUAUUUACUUAUUCAGCUAGUAUGAGAUUUUUGGGCCGAGAUGACUCUAAUAUGGAGCUAUUUGUUCAAAGAGAGGAGAGCAAUCGUCAAGCAUCUUCUUCUUUUUCUUCUUCAAGAUUUUGCAUUGGAAGCAGUUUUAGAAAAAUUGAUAAAAAGGAUGACAAUGAUGAAGAAGCAAUAUUAAUUCAAGAAAGUGAAAUUAAAGAUCUGCAUAAGUUCAAUCACAAGAUUAUUGUUUCUGAUUUUGUGCUCAAGAAUAGAUGGAGUAGCGUUUCUUCUUCUGAUUUAAUGUUCUUGAACUCAGAAAUGCUUCAAGAUUUUUCAAGCAAUAGAUUUUCUUCUUUGGAUUUGAAUAAUGAGCAAUUCUCAAAUGCGAGAACUAUGGAAGAUGAUAACAACAACCAAAUAAUGAAGAUUAAAGAAGAAAUGGAGAUCAAGAGAUUGUUUGAAAGCAAGGUUAGUUCAAUUAAUAAGUAUAAUCAUUAUUCUGAUCCUUGUUCAUCAUCAGAUUCAAAGGAAAAGACUGGUUCAAGUAUUAUGAAUAAUUCAUCAACUGGAAGAAGAUCAGUAUCUGAGAUCACUGCUUUUUCAAGAUUUAGAAAUUUUAAUUUUAAGAAUUCACUUAGAGAGUCGGGUGGAAAUAAUAAAAAUGAGGAAAGACAGAGGCGGGUUUGGUUGCCAAUUGCAAGAAGAACAGUUCAAUGGUUUGUUAAUAGAGAAAGAACUUCUCAACUGACUCAUCAUCAGAACAAAACACAAACACUAGAUGUAUAAUAAAAUUUUUUUAUUUCUGUGUCUUUUCUUUUCUUUUUUUUCAUAUAUAUACAUAAUUUUCUUCGGAAAUUUCACAUGGCUUGAGUUCUUCAAA